AGGGAGCCCAUGGCGGGCUUGGAGGUACUGUUCGCGUCGGCGGCGCCGGCCAUCACUUGCGGGCAGGACGCGCUCAUCUGUUUCCUGCACUGGGAGGUGGUGACGCACGGCUACUACGGCUUGGGUGUCGGCGACCAGCCGGGUCCCAAUGACAAGAAAUCAGAACUACUGCCAGCCGAAUGGAACAGCAAUAAAGACCUAUAUGUCCUCCGCUAUGAAUCUAAGGAUGGGUCCAGAAAGCUCCUCGUGAAGGCUGUCACCGUGGAAAACAGCAUGAUAAUCAAUGUGCUGGAAUGUGGCUCACAGCAGGUAUCAGAUUUGACACUGAACGUGGAUGAUUAUAUCGAUUCACAACACCUGAGUGACUUCCACAGGGCCUACAAGAACAGCGAAGAACUUCGGUCUCGUAUCGUGUCUGGAAUCCUCACACCUAUCCAGGAGCACUGGGACAAGGCUAGUGUGAGCAGUCCCCACCGGGAAUUUCCCCCGGCCACUGCCCAAGAGGUGGACCCGCUACGGAUUCACCCACAGCAUCCCCACACGAGCCGGCAGCCUCCCUGGUGUGAUCCCCUGGGCCCGUUUGCUGUCGGGGGAGAGGACCUGGACCCCUUUGGGUGCCGGAGAGGUGGCAUGAUUGUGGAUCCCUUGAGAUCUGGCUUCCCGAGAGCACUCAUUGACCCAUCCUCAGGCCUCCCAAACCGUCUUCCUCCAGGCGCUGUGCCCCCAGGAGCACGAUUUGAUCCCUUUGGACCCAUUGGGACCAGCCCGUCUGGCCCGAGGCCUGACAGACGUGGUCAGUGAUGAGCCCCUGUGCUGGAGUGGAGAGAGCACCACAGAGCACCAGGCCCGGAGGCAAGAGAUCAAGGCACUGGGCACUUUCCCUCCACAGCUAGCAUUGUAUCUGUGGUUGGGUCUUUCUGCCUCUGUGAUCCCUGAGUUCCUUCUCCUAAACGAGGACGUAUUAUUUAUCUGUGGGCAGAGGGCAGACUACCUGAGCCCUCCUGAGGUAUUUGCUAAUAUGCUAUGCUAAUAUGCUCUAGCCUGGGGGUUAAGGGGACACUAAACCAGGGCCUGGGAGGGGAGACCCCAUCUCCAGCGCUGAUUUCGUAAAGACCACCUUGAGGCCUGCAGAACGUUUGUGCCCUGGAGAGAUACCCAGAGAUUGAGCAGAGCUGCAAAUACAGUCAUCAGUCAUAGCCUUCCUCCUCAAGGGCCUACAAAUGUGUGGAGAGUGUUUGUUCCAGAAUUGGAUCACACCUGCUGUGGAAGGGAGUUGGGGCAACUUGGUCACAUAAGCAUCCUUUAUUGUAAAAGGGAGCAUUAAAGGAACAUCACACUAGAAGCCAUCAGACCAGCAGGGAAGGUAGGUCGCUUUUAGAACUGUGAUUUAACGAAAUGAUGGUUCAAACAAUAAAUUCGGCACUUAGGUUUUCUCGUAGCAAAGCCCAAAAGGAUUGUCCUGUACCUAAUUCUAUUGUCUGAAAACAGAAGCUUCAGUGAUUCUCUUCUGCAGAAGCAGCCAGUUUUGGCGUGGGUCUCCCUGUAUCAAGGACCCUGAGGAACACAGUGCCUUAGUUGUGUGGGGGAAGUGACUGGGGCCUUCAGAAACUUCCAGGUCACACUGUGCGUGUUGGCUGGAGUCUGGGCUGCCGCCUCCUUCCAGCCAGGAGUAGUCCCCAGGCAGUGAGGGGGGCCGGUUCCUGGUGUGUCUUGUCAGAGGUGGGGUCCUUACCAGUAAAUCCCAGUACUCAAUAACCUGUUCCUUUUUUUAAAUAACAGCUUUAUUGAGAUACAGUCCACAUACCCAUGAAGUUUACCUUUUAAAAGUGUGUGAUUCAGUGGCUUUUAGUGUAUUCACAGUGUUGUGUGUCCAUCACCACAUCUAACUCCUGAACGUCUUCGCCACCUCAAAAAAAGCCCUGUACCUAUUAACAGUCACUCCCGUUCCCCUGCUCCCGGCCCUAGGCAACCACUAGUCUGUUUUCUGUCUUAAGAUUUGCCUGUUCUGGACAGUUCUCAUAAGUAUAGUCACACAGUCUGUGGCCUUUUGUGUCUGGCUUCUUUUCACUUGACAUCCUCAAGGUUCAUCCAUGUUGUAGCGAGUGUCAGCACUGCGUUGUUUUAUGGCCGAGGAAUACCCACUGUGAGGACAUAAAUAUCUCAUUUUCUUUUUUUCUGUUGUUUUUUUUUAAUAUAAUUUAUUGUCAAGUUGGUUACCAUACAAUGUAUACCGUGUGCUCUUGGCUUUGGGGUAGAUUCCGUGGUUCAUCGCUUCCAUACAAUAUCUGUGCCCAUCCCAACAAGUGACCUACCUCCUCAGUGCCCAUCACCCGUUUCCCCCUCCCCCCGCCCUAUCAACCCUCAGUUCUCUGUAUUUAAGAGUCUCUUACAUAUACCACAUUUUCUUUAUCUGCUUAUCAGUUAGUAGGUGUUGGGAUGUUGCCACUUUUUGUGCUGCCGGGAACAUUUGUGUACAGGCCUUUUGUGUAGACCCAGGUUUUCAUUUCUCUUGGGUGUAUGCCUAGGAGUGGCAUUGCUGGAUCGUAUAAUAAUUGUGUAGCUUUUUGAAGAACUGCUAGACUUUUCCAAACUGGCUGCACCAUUUUAUGUUCCCACCAGCAGGGUAAGAAGGUUCUAGUUCUUCCCCAUCCUUGCCAGUACUCAUGAGGCUUCUUGCAUAUAGCCAUCCUAGUAGGUGUGAAGUGGUUUUGUCCUGUCUUUGUUUCAAGAAAAAGAAUUUGACCUAGGCUGUGUGAGACAGAGACCAGACACAGCCAGUCACCCCAGGAGAGCAGCCUGUGGCUUUGGUAGUAGCCACCUUGAGGUGACCAUGGCUGGGGAGCCACAGAGGGAUUGGGUUUGACUUGGGAAGCUCUGGUCAGGAUGUGAUACAAGAUGGGUCAGUCUAUAGGGAAGUUUCCAAGUCUGAUGCAGCCCAUGGCACCACUUUCACUUGGUUUGAAAUUUCUGUUCACCCAGUGGCUUACGAGGAAAAUAAAAGUUUGAUUCCAAGUUGUCAUCUUUUGGUGACAGGCCACAGA